CGAUGGGUUCCAGUGACGUGGCACGAUCAGGGCUUUCUUCAUCCAGAGUCCCACCAUACUACGGUGGUCCCUUAUUACAUCCUUCGUCUACGUCCAAACAGAUAAGCUUUUACACUGUCCCUCCUCCUUCACAGAAAGAACACUCUGGUCUGGUUAACGCUGCACAUUUCUCUCCGGUAAGCUCAAACCCUAAGGACUCUGGUCUUGUUCGCAGCAGAAUGGCGGCGACGAUGGCUGUGAGUACGAGUCUACUCGCUGCUUUUAAAGGACUGUCGGUUUCUUCGACCUCGUCUUCCUCUUUUCUGAGAGGAGAAUUCGGAUCGAUCAAUUUGGGGGUUAAGCUCUCUCCGAAGACGAAAAAUACACUGACUAUCACGUGCGCGCACAAGAAAGGAGCAGGGAGUACUAAGAACGGCCGAGAUUCGAAAGGGCAGAGGCUCGGCGUUAAGAUUUACGGCGAUCAGGUUGCCAAGCCUGGCUCAAUCAUUAUUCGGCAGCGCGGAACAAAGUUCCACCCAGGCAAGAAUGUUGGGCUUGGCAAGGAUUACACCAUCUGGUCCUUGAUUGAUGGACUCGUCAAAUUUGAGAAGUUUGGUCCAGACAAGAAAAAGGUGAGUGUGUAUCCAUAUGAACCGAAGCCUGAAAACCCUAACAGUUACAGAGUAAGGAAGCGAGACGCUUUCAGAAAACAGCGCGAGCGCCGAAAAGCAAGAAGGGAAGGCAAAGUUCUCCAAUCUCAGAUUAUACUAGCUUCGGCUGAUGAAGCUGCGGAAAACAAUCCGAUUGGCUGAUCCAUAGAGCUGGCCUGGCUACUUGUUCUGUAAUUCUUUGUUCCAAGUGUGUAGUUGCUUUAUCUGAUGUUCAUCGAAGUUCUUGCCGGAAGUUGUAAAGCUUUAACUCACUUCAAGUCAAAAAAUAACGCUUUUUCAUCUGUUCGUGAUGUAAGUGCUGCAUUCAGUACUUAUUUAACAUGCCGAACUUAAUCGUGCGUGGAUGUUCCUUAUUUGGUUUGAGAUGCUCUUUAUUUUGGUC